GAAGAAGAAGAAGCAGCAGUUGUUGGCCAUUUCUUCUCUCCACUCUGACUGUCACACGGAGGAUAAGCAGCCGUCUCCAGGCUGACAGUGUGGAGGAAUAUGCGCUCUCUUGUGGGACUGCUCGCUGUGGUUGUUGCAGCCAGUGUGUACCUGUACUCUCUGUCCCUGUACCUCCCCGCGGCGCCACGGAGACCUCCAGCCGCCCACAGACACCAUGAGGAGCCCGGGGAGCCCGCUGAUAGCUCCGAUGAGCCCAGCAGGUUGAAGUUCCCCUCAGACUUGGAGGAGCUGAGGGAACUGGCUGAGCUCCUGCAGUUUUACAAGACGGAGCACACUGGAUAUGUCCUGCUGCUUUUCUGUAGUGCAUAUCUUUACAAGCAGUCCUUUGCCAUUCCUGGAUCUUCAUUUCUGAAUAUUUUAGCAGGAGCUAUAUUUGGACCCUAUCAAGGACUGCUGCUUGCCUGUGUGCUCACCACUGUGGGCUCCACCAUGUGCUACCUCCUGUCCCAGGCCUUUGGAAAGCGCUACAUCGCUAACCUCUUCCCUGAUAAGGUCUCCAUGCUACAGAGGAAGGUUGAGGAGAACAAGGACUGUUUGUUAUUCUUUCUACUCUUCCUGAGAUUCUUUCCAAUGACUCCCAACUGGUUUCUGAACAUGUCGGCCCCUAUUGCCAACAUCCCCAUCACCUACUUUAUCUGCUCAGUCUUCAUUGGCCUCCUACCGUACAACUUCAUCUGUGUGCAGACGGGCGUCAUGCUGUCUGAGGUGGCGUCUCUGGACGACUUGUUCUCAUGGGGGAGGCUGCUGCAGCUGCUGGCCAUCGCCUGCAUGGCGCUGCUGCCCGGCGCCCUCAUCCGCCGCUUCAGUCAGAACCGCCUCAAACUGGACGUCCCAUCACAGAACGGGCUCAACACGGAGAAGAAGGUCCAGUGAUUUGUUCUGGGAGUUGUUUUCCCUGGCUCUCUGCCCUCGAAGAUUAAAUGUAUUUAAAGUGAUGACUCUUCAGAAACAAACUGCAGACGCAAGUGUAAAGGUUUCUUUUAUCUUUUCUGGAGCCACCUAGAGAUGCAGAGCUGUACAAAAUAAGACUGGCACAUUGGGAUUUGUAGCCAGGUAUUUUUGUUUAACCAAAUGUUUGUUAUUCUACAGUAAAUGUAUAAAGAUAUAUGAAUGUACAGUAAUCAUAAGGAUAGAGGGAAGGGUUUAAAGGGGACUUGGCUUCAAUGUAAACAGCCAGUGUUUCAAGUGCCUGUCGUGCAGUGCUGGACUCUGAUUCUGACUUCUACCUCCACCAGUUUGGGAAAACUAAUGUAACAGCCUGCUCAUGUUGGUUGUAGCUUAAUGGCUCAGAUGAUUGCUAUUUGGGUUUGUGUGAAUACCUAUAUUUGUAACUGAAAUAUGUUUGCAGCAUAUACUUGAAAUUGUAUUUUGCUUUUUUGACAAUCACAUUUUAAGUAUAAAUUGUAAUACAGGGCGUUCAGCAAUUUUUACUAUUUUUGAACUUUGUUGGAACUCAAAGUUUUUCAAAUUGUGUGAUUUGGCCUCAGUCUUUGAGGUAACAAAAAACAAACAAAUUAAAUGACAUGACUGAGUAAAUGUCAUGAUACCCAAUCAUUACCUGAAAGUAAAGGUGCAGUUAAUCCAGGAUGUGUUAAAUCGAUCAUUUAUAUUGCGUCUCUGGCUGCCUCUUCACUGUCCGUAUGUCUUUUGUACAGGGCUAUUCACACUGCACGGUGUUAUCUUAAAACUCUUUCUUUGUGUGGGUUAAGAUUUAAAAUGUAAUGUCAGCUUUCUGUCUCUUCAAAGAUGUUAAUUAUUUUUAAAUUGAAUGUACAGUUAUGGUGUGCUGGAUCCCAAACAACAUGACACCUAUUAUUUCAGAUGUAAAAACACUUUGGAAUAAUAAAACAGUAAAUGUGAAAAACAG